UGUGCUGCCCUGCAGGACAAUACGGCAAAGAAUGUUCGAAGUGCCCAGGUCUAGAGCAGUCAGGAAUGGCUUGUUACGGUCAUGGGAAAUGUGAUGGUGACGGGAGCAGACAAGGAAGUGGAAAAUGCAAAUGUGAUAUCGGUUACUCCGGAAAUAUGUGUAGGCAGUGCGCUCCCGACUACUUCGAGAAGGCGAAGACGAGCAAUUCUGUGGAAUGUGAAAAAUGUUCGGAAGCGUGCGCUGGUGGAUGUACAGGGGCUGGUGCAAACAACUGCGUAAGAUGCCGGAGCGGUUGGUCUAACUCUACUGGAGAGGGAUGUUUAGGUGCAGUAAUUUUUUCGAUAUUCUUCUUUAUACCACUUCGAAUAAACCGUGAAAUUGGUGUAAUGGCCUCCGUUUCAGACAUAAACGAGUGCGAAGAUGAAGGCAAAUGUUCGAAAGCGAACGAAAAAUGUGUCAACACACCUGGUUCAUUCGAAUGUCAAUGUGUCGAUGGAUACAAGAGAGAGGGGUCGGAAUGCGUAUUGGAUGUUGAAGCGAAACCGUAUCGUAUGCUGAUACCACCGGACAUACUUCUGAAGGCGAUUUCUAUGACGAGUUUGGCGAUAAUCAUUGCGUUUGUGGUCUGGCGUCGUUCUAUCCCACUUCUAAUCCUUUCGGGCAUUGCCGUUGUGCUUAUCAUCUAUAUAGACAUGAAUGUCAAUCCAGAAACAGUUCCGGACGAGGCAAAGAAAUAUCUGGGAUUAUAG